AUGUAUUCAAAUCAAAAGCUAGCUCUUGAUUUACUUAUCUUUGUAUUUAUAACGUUUGUUAUAAGUACAACUAUUUUAUCAAUAUCAACACCGAAUUGGAAUAUUAAUGCUAGUCAUAAUCGUACAGGUUUAUUUCAACAAUGUUUGAGUACAUGUUGUUGUCAAACAAAAGAAUUAAAUCGAACAAUAACAAUAUUAAGCUUAUUUAGUAUUAUUCUCCUUUUAAUCGGUACGUCAUCAUCAUUUUUAUUAAUGAUAACAACAGUAGCUCAUAGAAACCGAUAUUAUAUGUUUGUACCAUUAACAUUACUCGGUGCAGGUGUUACAAUGACAUUAACAUUCGUACGAGUAUAUGAAUUAAUUCAUGCUAAUUCUUAUUCAGCUUACAUUUUUCUUAUUGAUAUUGUACUAAAUUAUGUUUUAGGUGGUAUUACAAUUUUGCAUGGUAGUUUAUUUUAUUUUUAA